UGCAAUCAAAUCCCAAAUCCCACUAAUCAAAACGUCUUCCCACUUGUAUUAAACUAUCACCAUUUCUUGUUUUGUUUAGAGAUCAUAAAAGAAAGAAAUUUCUUUUAUAAUUUGUGUUCGAUUUGUAAUAAAAAAGAGAUGGACAAGAAAAGGAUUGCGGUCGCACUUGUAUGCCAUGGCCACUCACGCCCCGUAUCCUGUAAAAGAAUAGUCUUUUCGAAUUUUCCAUAACAUUUUUGCAUCAUCAUCAUCUUGCUCAAUGCUCAGGGCCCAGGGUAGGUGAGGAUUAAUGCAAUCAAGUCCCAAAUCCCACUAAUCAAAACGUCUUCUUUCUUGUAUUAAACCAUCACCAUUUCUUGUUUUGUUUGGCUAUCAUAAAAGAAAGAGAUUACUUUUAUAAUUGGUGUUUGAUUUGUAAAAAAGAGAUGGAUAAGAAAAGGAUUGCGGUCCCACUUGCAUGCCAUGACCACUCACGCCCCGUCGUGGUCCUCUUUUACCGUCCGAUUACUCCAGAUGGCCUUUUCCUCAAUAGUGCCAGCAAAGAUUCUAGUCCCAUGCUGAGGAAUGGAGAAACUGGAGAUUGGAUAGGAACAUUUGAAGGACAUAAGGCUGCGUUGAGGAGUGUUUUCUUGGAUACAAAUGCAUUACGUGCUGCUUUCGAUUUUGCUGACUUUAUUGCGAAAGUCUGGGAUGCACUAACAGGUGAUGAAUUUUACUAAUUUGAACACAAGCAUAGAGUUCAAGAUAGUGUUUUUUCAAAGGAUACACACCUUCUAUUGACUAGGGAAGUAGAGAAAGUCCUUCGUAUUUAUGAUUUGAAACAUUCAGAUGCACCUCCAAGGGAAGACUAAUCUCCUGGUUCAAUCAAAACUAUUGUGUG